GUGAAGUGCGCGGGCAACUAUGCUGCCGACAUUGUCCCAGCAAAGCAGGCCAAGGAUCAAGGCUUCCCGAUCUGCCUCUACUUGGAUGCCAAGGAGCACAAGUACGUGGAGGAGUUCAGCACCUCGAAUUUUGCGGCGAUUACGAAGUCGAAUGUGUACCUCACGCCGGACUCGAGCUCGGUGCUGGGAUCUGUGACCAACAUGCGCCUUUUCCGAGCAACAGCCAUACACAAGCUUGCCAAGACCCGGCGCAAUCAGGACGUGCCGCAUGAGGCAGUUACCGAAGACCCUCGUUGGCUCGUGCUGACGACUCAGGUUGUAGAGAACGGAACGGCCUUUAUUUGGCCAAUGCGCUUGCUCGCAUUGGUCUCCUGGGCAGUCGCGAGCCUCCGGGAUCGCCGCAUCACCUCGCUGCUCUUCGACAUUGCAGCAAAGCGGGUUUCGUUUGGAUCUGUUCCCCAGGACCUUUCGUCGCUUGCCUGGGCUGUCGCCACGGCUCGUGCUCGAGACACGGCAGCCCAAACUUUGCUGAGGCAGAUUUCCACCGAGUCGGUCAAAAGCGUGCAGAGUUUCAUUCCGCAGGAUUUGGCUAUGUGCGCCUGGGCGUUUGCGAAGGUCGCCAUGCGUGAUGGACAAUUGCUGCGGAUGUUUGCAGAUGAGGCAUUGGAGAAGUAUGCCGAGAUGAAUGGUCAGAACGUGUCCAAUCUUGUUUGGUCCUUGGCGACGAUCCGCGAGAACCACGAGCCCCUGAUGAACGCUGUGUCGCCGGGGGUGCCCAGGGGUCUCCGCCCAUGA